UGGAAGUCCUCAAAGGAGAGCCAGAUGGUCAUGGGAACAUCCUUACAAACAACCAUACAUAGAUCUGCUGUGACCCCCACCACCAUCACAAUAAGAGAUCUUGGGAUCCAGUUCUUGGACAUGCACCUGCAAGAUACAGGCAGCUACAGAGGACCUGGCCUUGUCAGAGACGAGACAAAGCACUCCGUGCACUUGAAGAAAAUAUUGAAUGGAGAAGUUGGAUGCUUGCAUCAGCUGAAGAAAGUGUUUCCCAAGUCCUAUAGCCUUCAGUGAAAGAGAAGAAAAACCCAAGAAGAUCAUGUUCCUGUUAGGUUUGUAACUACAGGAAAUAAUGAAGGAGCUCUGUUUGUCAACAGGAAACUGGUAUAAAUGACUGUGUCGUACAGUAUACUUCACACACAGAAGUGCCUGCAGGACUGUCUGGGCUGGUGAUAAAGCACUUGAUCAGAGUGAGGUUUCCCUGUGGCGAUGUUGGCUGGAGUUUGAUAAAUUAUUCUUCUGCACAGGCUCAGACUCUGUAAAGUGUAUCUGACUGGCUAAAGAUGACAAACCCUUUAUUUUCCUUUUGUACCUCCCUGCAGUAGAGAUCUGAGGUAGCUAACAAGAAACGGGGGUGUCGUCAUCCUCCCACCAUCUGCUUAGCAAUUAAGUGCCCUUCAGAACCCAGACAGUUUUGAGGUGCCUCGGUUAUUGUUCACUGUGCUGCAGAUAUGGACUCUGAGCUUCUCUGGCACUUUCUCACAUUGGCCUGGUCAACCUCACCAUGCUAGUACAUGGGAAUAAAGACUUCCUUGCGGAUGUAGUUUACAUCAUCCUGGAACUGGUCAUUGCCGUGCUGGCCAUCUUGGGGAAUGUCCUGGUCUGCUGGGCCGUCUAUCUGAAUAGCAACCUCCAGAAUGUCACCAACUACUUUGUGGUGUCCUUAGCUGCAGCCGACAUUGCAGUGGGCGUGCUGGCCAUCCCCUUUGCCAUCACCAUCAGCACUGGCUUCUGUGCCUUCUUCUAUGGAUGCCUCUUCAUUGCCUGCUUUGUCCUGGUUUUGACUCAGAGUUCCAUCUUCAGCCUCCUGGCUAUUGCCAUUGACAGGAUCAUUGCUAUCCGGAUACCCCUCAGGUACAAUGGUUUGGUGACUGGCUCACGUGCCAAGGGUAUCAUUGCCAUCUGCUGGGUCUUGUCCUUCAUCAUUGGCCUGACACCCAUGCUGGGCUGGAACAAAUGUUCCCAGAGUAAAGGUCAGGAUACCAAUAACUCGUCUCCAAACAACUGUAGCAACAGGAUGGUGGCUUGUCUCUUUGAGACUGUGGUCACCAUGGAAUACAUGGUCUACUACAACUUUUUUGCCUGCGUGUUGUUGCCCCUCCUCAUCAUGUUUGGCAUCUAUUUAAAAAUCUUCAUGGCAGCCCGGCGGCAGCUGAAGCAGAUGGAGAACAAGAUGGUGCAUGGGGAACGCUCACGGUCCACUUUGCAGAAGGAGGUCCAUGCAGCCAAGUCUUUAGCCAUCAUUGUUGGACUUUUUGCCAUCUGCUGGCUUCCACUCCACAUUAUAAACUGCUUCACUCUUUUUUGCCCAGGUUGUACCCGUGCUCCCCUCUGGCUGAUGUACGUGGCCAUUAUCUUGUCCCAUGCCAACUCCGUAGUGAACCCGUUGAUCUAUGCCUAUCGGAUCCGGGAGUUCCGACACACCUUCCGGAAAAUUAUCAGUCAGCAUAUCCUGGGUAGGAAGGAGCAGUUUAAGACCGGUACUGCCAGCUCUCGGACUUCAACUCAUGGUGGGGAUGGGGAGAAUGCCAGCAUAAGGAUCAGUGAAUAUGCCCUGAAUGUAUACACCAAUGGGGAGAUCCACAGAGACCCUGAAAAGCAGGACCUGAGCAAAUGCAAGGCAGGUUUGGAAUGGCACCAGAAUGGGAGUGCAUUGGACAUGGAAACAAAUGGGCAUAUCCCACAUUCUUGCAAAAACGGGGACCUCUCAGAGGCAUGUAAGAACAUGGAGCUGCUUAGUGAAGAGCUGAUUGAGACAUCCGUCUCUUACUCUGAUCUGGAGAGUUCAACCUUUGCAGCAGCUGAUGUUUCCUGAUGACUUGUAUAGAGUCUUCCUGGUAGAAUUAUUAUUUUUUUGCCCUGUCAGAUGCCUCUAUAUGGGAAAAAGGGAGGCUGGGAAGAAAGGGAAGUCUGUGUCCACGUCUUUCUGGUGAAGGGGGUCCUUGCCCAGGACUGAUGGGAAGAUCCUAAGAGCUGGGCUGGAGAAAAGUAAUGAGAGAGUUUUGAAUGGACUAUGGAAGAAGGAAAACUGUAUCUGUCGAAGGUCCAGCUCUGAGAUGCAGAGAGAAGCAAGCUAAGGUCAAAGCUGACAUCCUGAGCUGAGCACCAGGAGACUGUUAAUUCAGGGUAUAUUGUGCUGUUCUCCUCUGUCCUGUGUGUCUGUGGAUGUGUGUUGGUCUAGUUGUCUUCACCCACAGAAGUAAAGGGCUGGUUAGAAGUAUUCAUAUAGAGGGGUGGGGCUUUUAAGUCUGCAGCCUCUGUUAAAAAUGUAAAGGGCAUAACCGUGCCUGCUGGUCAGGAACAAUACCUAAGAAGUGAAGGGAUUCUCAUCCGGAGCUUUGGACACCUUAAACUACAUAACUGUUUUACUUUGUCAUUGUUGUUUUUAAAGCUUAACUGCACCACAGGUUUCCUGACUCUUCUUAUCACCACUAAAUCACAUCUUCGUAGGACCUGCUUCUUAUGUAUAAUGGUUAGCAGUUGAAGCAUGACUAUACACAGCUCCCAACGCCGCCCAUGUCCCUGGUAGACCCAGCAUGUUGAAAGAAACCAGUAACUAUAUUUCACAGACCCCCAUUUCAUUUAAAGAAGUAUGAAUAUGAAAUUAUUUUAAAUAAUUUAUAUUAGCCAAAGGGCAGAAGGCAUGAUAGGGUGGCACCCUGGAGACUAAACGGUUCAGAGAGGCAAAAGCUUUCAGAGGCAACAGCCUGCUUCGUCACAUACUAAGGGGUGAGAGCAGAUCUGUGUUCUGCAGGUAACAGUGUGACAAGGCAGGGGUAGGGAAAGGUGCCCAGGAGGUGUUGACCGGUUUGGUGGAUGGCUGGCAGGUGCGUUGGGAGCAAUAGAAGGGGAUAGGCUGGAGCCAGGGCCAGGUUUGCGCUGUCUUAGAAUCAUUUUCUCUCCAUCUGUCUUUGUAUCUGCCCAGCUGUAUAUGCAGAAUUCAUAGUUUCAUAGUUUGUAGGGUCGGAAGGGACCUUGACAAAUCAUCAGGUCCGACCCCCUGCCAUGGCAGGAAAGAGCACUGGGGUCAAACGACCCCAGCAAGGUGUUCAU